CUGCCUCUUUGAAGUAUCAGGCUUGCAAGCUGUGUACUCCUCCUGGAGCUGAGAUGGUGUUAGGAAUGGAAAUAAAUGGAUCAGUGACCAGAAGGCGUAAUGUGUGAAGCGCAAUGAAUAUUCUUUGGAAUGGCGCUGUAUAAGACUCCAUAUUCUUGUCAGAUGAACUAUGCAGACGCCCUAUUUUUUCCCCAGUAAUCUAAAUGUCAAAUUUGAAGAUUUAUAGCACACAGUAAAUCUUAUUGUUGCUAGCGAUGGCUUGGUAACUCGGCAACUCCAGGUGCGCUGGGGUUAGUUUCCGCUGCAGACCAGAAGAAUGACUUCCACAAGGCAUGGGUGUCCUGCGUUCGCUUCUCACCAAACCAGGUCAACCCAAUCAUCGUUUCUGCAGAAGUCGACAAGCAAGUCAAGGUAUGGAAUCUCACCAACUGCCGUCUGAAGACCAACCACUUCGGACAUUCCGGUUACCUGAACUGCGUAACUGUCCCCAAACGGUUCACUAUGUGCAUCUGGUGGCAAGGUAUGGAAUCUCACCAACUGCCGUCUGAAGACCAACCACUUCGGACAUUCUGGUUACCUGAACUGCGUAACUGUCCCCAGACGGAUUCACUAUGUGCAUCUGGUGGCAAGGAUGGUAAAGCCAUGUUGUGGGAUCUGAAUGAGGGCAAGCAUCUUUACAAACUGCAUGGAGCUGAGGAGAUCAACGCUUUGUGCUUCAGUCGUAAUAGGUACUGGCUGUGUGCUGCUGCUGGACCAACAAUUAAGAUCUGGGAUGGUAAAGCUUGGUUGUGGGAUCUGAAUGAGGGCAAGCAUCUUUACAAACUGCAUGGAGCUGAGGAGAUCAACGCUCUGUGCUUCAGUCCCAAUAGGUACUGGCUGUGUGCUGCUGCUGGACCAACAAUUAAGAUCUGGGAUGGUAAAGCUUGGUUGUGGGAUCUGAAUGAGGGCAAACAUCUUUACAAACUGCAUGGAGCUGAGGAGAUCAACGCUCUGUGCUUCAGUCCUAACAGGUACUGGCAGUGUGCUGCUGCUGGACCAACAAUUAAUAUCAGAUGUGGAUAAAAAACUGGUUUAUUCCAGGAAAUAAAACAAAUUUAACACUCAAGAAUGAGUGCUGAUAAAACUGAAGUCUUUUGUGUGUUUUUGUUUUCCCUGACCCCAAGUUCUUAAACCAUUUCUUGUGUUUCUAAAGUUUAGUGGGAAAGAACUAAGACUUUUUGAUGGAAAGGAAAAUUUACCCCUUCUUUCUUUUUUAAAAUACAAGACACAAAGCUAGUGUUAGUCAAGACUCUUAGUCAAGGCUACGUCUCCUAUUUUGAUAUAGUGUUCAACUUUUACUUUUUGUUUGUGUGUAUGUGCCUUUACAAAAAAUGUAUAUGCCAACAUAUGGGUUACUUCACACAAUGGACGAUACAAUCCCCACAAUGUUUUCUUUGUUGUACAUGUGUAGUGAUAGAAUUUAUUGAGAAAAAGGAAUAUUUUAACAGCAAUUGAAGGAACUAGUAACUGCUAUAAUAAUGUAAGGGAGUGUGGGUUAAAGUGAAAGACUUGGCAUCAACUCUAAACUUUGGGUUUGGAUAGUCUUAAGAUCCCCCAGAAGCAUAUUAAUUUUGGUCUCCCUAGGACAAAUCUUGAGGUUGUUAUGGCGUAAAUAGAAUUUUUUGGGAGCGAUAACUGUAGAACAAGAUUCAUGUAAACAUGCACAUUAUUUUUUAUGGAAUAAAUUCAACCUGUAUCUUAUCCUUGCGUAUUGUUGACUCUAAUAUAGACCCCCCUGCACAAGCCUAAAUAGCGCCCCCACUGAGGUCAAUAAAGACGCAUCAUUGGUAAAGAGAUGUGCGCAGUAUGACCGUAUGUAUGGCACUUGGGGGAAGGCAGCCUUUACAAUGGGUCUAUCGGAAAAGAACUAUUCAGAUGCCCUUGUUCCCCUGAAAUGAAGAUUUGAAGAUCAUAGUACAUGACCUGUGUAUAAUAACCACUUUACUAACUAACAAUAUUAAAAGGCAGUG